AUGGCUCGCUUCAUCCUACAGACGCUGCUCGCGAUAGCUGUAGCGACGUCGGCUCUGCCCACCGACAACUCGACAAACUUUGUCGGUCCCGAGAAUGGAAACCUGGUCAUCGUUGGCGGCGGCUCGCUAGACGAUUCCAUUCUGCAGAAAGUCAUUGAUCUCGCUGGCGGUAAUGACAGCUCCAUUGUCGUCAUCCCGACCGCUCAGGGCGACCCAAGCUACGACCAGAAUGCUGCCAAUGCAGAUGACUUCCGUCGACUGGGAUCCAAGAGUGUCACCGUUCUGCAUACAUAUGACCCCGAGGUUGCCAACACCGAAGAAUUCGUCCAACCACUCGUUAACGCCACUGGGGUAUGGUUUGGUGGCGGUCGGCAGUGGCGUCUGGUUGACGCCUAUGCAGGGACGCUCACCGAGCAGAAGAUUCGUGCGGUGCUGGAUGCUGGUGGUGUCAUCGGAGGAUCCUCGGCCGGAGCAUCCAUCCAGGGAGACUUUCUUGCUCGAGGCGAUACAAAGAGCAACAGCCUCAUCAUCGGCGACCACCAGCAGGGCUUUGCCUAUGUGAAGAACGUGGCCAUCGACCAGCAUGUUCUUGUACGCAAUCGCCAUUUCGACAUGCUCAAUGUCCUCAAAUAUAAGCCAGGCAUUCUCGGUAUUGCAAUCAACGAGAAUACUGCGGUACAUGUAUCGCAGAACACGGCCGAAGUAUUUGGUGCCAGCUACGCCAUCAUCUAUGAUGGCACAUACUGGUCUCGAGAUGGCGACGAUGCAAACCAGAUCCCGGAUCCUUCAGGCUUAUUUUACUUUCUGAGACAAGGCGACAUAUAUGAUCUCGGGCUUCGCAAAGUGGUUCACGCCUCUUGA